AUGCCAAGAAGAAAAGUGACACGGGCUGCAAAAACCAGGAAAACAUCAAGGGUUUCAGAUGCUGAUGAAGGGGAAAUCACCAACAGAGAAAAACGUGAAAAAUUAGAGAUGUACCUCAAAGAUUUUGAUACCAUGGUUGAGAAAAAAUUACAGUCUUUUGAGCAGACAAGGUCUAGUUUGUUCAAACAGUUCCGAAUCUUUCAUGAAUAUGAAAAACAAAAGCUUGGAAAAACAAAUCUUGAAAUGACCUUAGAAGAAUAUGCAGGACUAGCAGAUUGCAAACCAGAAUCAGAGAAAGAAAAUGUGGAGGGGGAUGAUGCAGAGGGAGAGAAGGAGGAAGAGGAGCUGUUUCCAGAUCUUCCAGCAAGCCUGAGAAGACAUUUUUCCCGGGCCAAAGCAACAAAUUUGAACAUUCAAGACACGAUAAUGGAGGACGAUGUAUUCACAGAAAAUGGUAACAAAAUAGACAAGAGACCUAUGCCAGAUCCCGGGCACAAGAGAUUUGCCUCUGUCAAAAAGUUUAUGCCACCACCAUCUCCAGGAGUUCCAUUUAAAAGUCGCUUUUUGGGAUCAGCACAGAAAAAAUAUAUGACCCCAGUUAAUCGUACAUUGGCUGAUGCAGGAUGGUCAAACACACCACUUGUUACACCAAAAUUUGAUCCAAGGGUUCCACUGACCCCAGCAGAAACUAGGAGGGCCAAGCCGGGAGAGAUUCUCAUGUCCUUAGAUGGAAGUCCAGUUCAAAGCAAUAGCCAUACCAAUGCAUAUAACUUCAGUGUCAAACAAAAACGAAAUACUGUUACGUUAGACAUUCAAAUGCCAGAGGUUACAGAUAAAGAAGAAAUUGAUUCACUGCCACAUGAGAAAAAAUUAACAGCAAUUAUAAAUGUUUUAUCACAAGCAUUGAAAGAGGGGAAAGGGGGCCAGUGAAUUUCUGCAGAUAGUGAUUAAGUCGGUCAGCAGAGACAUAUAGCUGCUCUUCUUUUGUGACUGUGUAAAUUGUCUAUUAAUGUUUUAAUAAUUAUAUAUUCCGUGAGCUUGCAUUUUUAUACAGUUUUUUAAAAAUGCCUUUUAGGAGGGUGCCAUUGUUGAUUUUUAUUUUGUUGUCUGAUUUUUCACUUCCAAGCUUUGGAAAUAUUAGAAGAUAAAUGCUGGAAAUAAGACAUAGGACUAGAAUGCAAUCUACAUUUUUUUUAAUGAGUUUUAAACCAAAAUAGCAAAUACAGUAAAACGCAUUUAGUACGAACACAGAUAUAGCGAAUUAAUGGAUGUAGCGAAAUUUUUUGGAAUCCCCGCCAAAAUUCUUAACAAUUCCUUGUAAAUUUCUAUGGAUAAAACGAACUCGGAUAUAGCGAAUUUACAGAUAUAUGAACUGAUUUUGUGUCCACUAGAGGUUAAAAAUAACGAAAUUUACAUCUUUUAUAGCGAAGUUUCAGAGAUCUCAAUUUUUAAAAUAUUGAAUUGAUACUAUUUUGUAAGUACAUGUAAUUGAAAUUUGAAAUUCAAUUCAUCCAAAAAUUUUGGAACUCCAAGGGAACUUUUGUAUUUGAUAUAUCCAAAAAUACAUUUGGUAAUCAUUCUUGAAGGAAAAAUCUAUAUAGUGAAUUUGCUUUAUAUACUGUAACAAAUUCGUUUUACGGAUAUAACGAAUUAUGGAUAUAGUGAAGUAAUUUCACAAGUCCCCAAGCCUUCGCUAUAUCUUCGCUAUAUCUUAAUACAGUUUUACUGUAUUACAUUAUAAUUUGCAUUAAAGAACUUAUACAUUUGUGGAUUUCUUUCUCACUGGAUUUUAAAAAUUGAUAAACAGAAAUUGUAGCUGACGUACCUUUCAUUGUUGUCAGGAAUGGUUAAACAUUGUUGAUUUCAUGAACAGAAAUCAACAAUCUGUACUUUUACAAUAAUUACAGUUGAAAUUAUAUGUUUUGAUAUCUUGAAUGUGUACAUUUCUCUGCAAAAUUGUAUCCUUUAAAAAAAUAUAUACACUUAGGUAAAAUGCGCUAUUUUACUUCACACAUUGAAAAUUAUCAAAUGUGAAUUAUAUAUGCAUAUAAGGAGGAUUUUUGUUCACAUCUUUCCCUUAUUUUCUAACAUGAGAUUGCAUUUUUUUGGCUAAUAAAAUUAGGUUUGAGCUAUCAAUAUUACUUGGUUUGCAAAUUUAAGAAAUGUUGCUGUUUAAAUAAAUGAAAUUGUAUCCAUGCAAUUUUUUUUUUCUUUUUUCCAAUUGUCAUUUUCUGAAACAUUCUGAACAUAAUCUAUUGAGUGUGAUAUGCAUAGGUAUGAAAAAUAGAAGAAAUCUUAAAGUAAAAUAUUGGGUAGUUUAAUAUAUGACAAAUUGUAAAUUGAAGAAAAUAAUUCAGUAAUUAUAUUUAAAAAAAAAACAUCUUGUUAAUUGAAAUAAAAUUGCAUGUCCCUACAUGUGUAAACCUGCAGAACAUAAAAGUUUAUGCAUGUAUAUUGAGACAUUUUAAAAAUGUAGAAAAAUUGUUUCAAAUUUUGGGAGGAAAAAUGAUAGAGGGUCAAUUUUAUUGUACAUGCAGUGUUUUUAUUGAGGCCAGAAAUUGUGUUAACCAUCACAGUAUUCAGAUGGGAUGUUGAUAUGUAGCGAUGCUAGACCAGACAGGUCUAGUCAAUUUAAAAUUGUUUCUAUUAUGUAUACCUGUAGAAAUGCACUACAACACAUGUUCUUAAAUGCUUAAAAAAAAAAAGAACCUCAGACACCAGUGAAGCAAUAGUGUCUUGAUUUUACAGAUGUAUUGUCUCUCUGGAAAGUCCAUUUUUCUUUUAUUUGCUUCUAAUACAGUAUGUGUACUUACUUUAGUAUUGAGUGGAUAAAUAGGAUAGGGACUCAACUGCACAAUUAUGACUUUGUGCUAUCAGUAUGUUUUGUGUCAUAUAAGCACUGAAUUAUUAUUUUUUGAAAGGUGUAGCCUCAUAACUGCAACAGUGUGUGCAAACAAAUUGUGUAACGCGUUUUGAAAAUUUUGUUUGUACACAAAGUUGCAGUUAUGAGACUACAUCUUUAAAUAAAUAAUAUUUCAAUGCUUAUAUUUACAUUUUUUUAACUCCCAGUCUUGUCUGCAAAUGUGAUUUAUAUUUCAAAAUCCCUUUAGUAUCCUUCGGGUAAGUUACAAUUAAUAGAAGAGCCAUUGCAAUAGCUACUACCAUCAUACUGUUCAGUAUAAGCAUGAAUUUUUAUUUUUGCCUAAAACAGUGCACUUGCAUGGUGUUUCAACCUUUGUGACAUCAAAAUAAAAGUCAUAUUUUAA